UCUAAUUUCGCGCAGCCGCGACCCAGUGUUACUGCCGCAGCCGUCCGCAACCUCCUCGAUCCAUCGUCGCAGAUCUCGUCCAGGAUCUGGCGCGAUCGAAAUACCAAGACAAUAGCAACAACCAUCAUCAUCAUCAAAGAGAAAGACGUUUGAAAGAAGAAGCAAGGAAGGAUGUUCGCCCUAGUGCCCAAGUCCCUUAUAUCGCGGACGACUUCGUCCGCGUUGUACAAGUAUAGUCCAAGUUUAUUAAACGCCUUGGACUUGGCUAACGAAAAUGCAGUCAGGCAGUUCCACCAGAUCACCGGUGACAUCAUCACGCCGUCGCAGGUGAUGGGUAUCGAUCAUUUGAGAGAUCCCAGAUUGAACAAGGGAUUGGCUUUUACGCUCGAGGAGCGUCAGGCUUUGGGUAUCCACGGACUGCAGCCUGCGAGAUUCAAGUCGCAGGAAGAUCAGCUUGAGCUGUGCAGGAUUUCGAUCAUGCGUUAUCAGGAGGAUCUUAACAAAUACCUCUACCUUAACGAAUUGCACGAUCGUAACGAAAAGCUUUUCUUCCGGUUGUUGUCCGAAAACGUGGAGAUGCUUAUGCCUAUCGUGUAUACGCCGACCGUGGGUUUGGCCUGCCAAAAGUUUGGUCUCAUCUACAGGAGGCCCAGAGGUCUUUUCAUCACCAUUAAGGAUCGUGGUCACUGUUUCGACGUCCUUAAAAACUGGCCCGAGCACGAUGUUAAGGCUAUCGUUGUAACUGACGGAGAGAGAAUCCUGGGAUUGGGUGAUUUGGGAGCGUGCGGAAUGGGUAUUCCUGUAGGAAAGUUGGCUUUGUACACUGCAUUGGCCGGUAUUAAACCUCAUCAAUGCCUUCCGAUCACUUUGGACGUUGGCACGAAUAACGAGACUCUGUUAGAGGAUCCUCUGUACGUGGGGUUGAGACAAAAGCGCGUCACCGGUCCCGAAUACGAUGAAUUUAUCGAUGAGUUCAUGGAGGCCGUAGUCAAGCGUUACGGACAGAACACUCUGAUCCAGUUCGAGGACUUUGGCAACCACAACGCGUUCCGUUUCUUGGACAAAUACCGCGGUCAGUAUUGCACAUUCAACGACGACAUUCAAGGUACCGCCAGUGUCGUCGUCGCUGGUCUCCUGGCCUCCAAGAGGAUCACCGAUAAGAAGAUUUCGGAUCACAAGUUCGUAUUCUUGGGCGCCGGAGAGGCGGCUAUAGGUAUCGCCGAUCUCUGCGUUAAAGCCAUGCAGAUGGAAGGUCUGAGCGUGAAGGAUGCCAGAGAACGUAUCUGGAUGUUCGACAUUGAUGGUCUUUUGGCUAAGGGUCGCCCGGAGGGUCGCCUCGAAGGUCACAAAGCCUUCUACGCCAAAGACCACAAACCGAUCAAGGAUCUGCGCGCCCUCAUCGAGGAGGUACAGCCAACCGCUUUGAUCGGUGCCUCUGCGGCUGGUGGCGCUUUCACCCCUGAGAUCCUCAAGAUCAUGGGAACAAACAAUGACAGGCCCUUGAUCUUCGCCUUGAGCAAUCCCACGCAUAAGGCCGAAUGCACCGCCGAACAAGCAUACAACAACACCGAGGGUCGCUGCGUCUUCGCCAGUGGCUCUCCCUUCGGCAAGGUCACCUACAACGGCAAGGACUACUACCCAGGUCAGGGAAACAACGCGUACGUCUUCCCCGGUAUCGCGCUCGGCGUCAUCGCUACCCGCAUCCAUCACAUCUCCGAAGAGUUGUUCUUGGUGGCUGCUCAAGUCAUCGCCGACAACGUAUCCGAGGAAGAUUUGGCCAAGGGCAGUCUUUACCCACCUCUGGGCAUCAUCCGCGAAUGCUCCGUGCAGAUCGCCACCAAAAUUGCCGCCUACGCUUACGAAAAAGGAUUGGCGACCGUCUAUCCAGAGCCGCCUAAUAAGCGUCAGUACGUCGAGGAUCAGAUGUACAGUUUCAACUACGAACCGUCUCUACCGAACAUCUGGUCGUGGUCAAAAUCUCCUGAGAUCAAGACCAAACCACUGAAGCCUGACAGCCUCUCCCAGAAAUAAGUAGUUCGAUUCGCCAUUAUAACUCAAUUGUAGAUAGUAUUUUUCCUCUUUCGCAAACGAAUUCCGAACGGAAAGUAACUAAGUUAACGGCAGCAGCUAUGGAGAAACAAAAAAAAAUAUGCAGCUCGGAGAAACAAAACGAAAAUAGUAGUAAUGUCGAGAAAAAAAAAACCGAUUCUCUCCUCCGGGGUGCGCGCCCGGUCACGUUUGGAAAGUAUUUUAUGUUUAUUUUGUUUUAGUUUAAGUUUUAUUUAUUUUUCGACUUGAAUUGAAUGGAAUGGAAUUAAUUGAUGGCAAAAGUUCCUCCGUUUUUUUUCAUUUAUUAUAAUUAUAAUUAUUUAACAUUAUCGACAUGUCCGUUUCGGUCACUUAGCGACGCGCUGUGCCAUUUUAUUUAUAUUUUUUUAGUAGUUAAAUACUCAUGAUCAUUAUUACCUCUCUUUCUUAUGAUGGAACGUGUAUAUACAAAAAAAGAAAAGAAAACAAGGGAUAAGCAGAAAAAGAACAUAAUAACACUUCUCACAACACGCGUAUCUAUAUAUAUAUAUAUUAUUUCAUCAGUGUAUCAUACUUUUGUCACCGACAAAACAAUAAAUAAAUGUUGUUGAUUUACACAAU